UUUGCUUGUGCUUUGGGAGAGAGGGCAGAGGGAGGCUGGAGCAGGAAGCAGCAGGUAGAAAGCAUCAAAAGGUAAUGAAAAAAAUCAAUUGUGGGAGCAACCAGGUCUUUGCUCUCUUAUCAAUGGCGAAUGACUUUAUAGAUUGAGGAAGAAUGUGAGCAAACUUCAACAAGAUGCACUGAGAUCAGCCUGGUUUAUCUGCAUUUGGCUGAUGUGGGAAAUGACAUAAAGGGAAUAUUUAGUUAGAAUUACAUUUAUACAUGGACAGAAUUAAUAAUAAUUUCAAGGUGAGCAAUAAAGAAAAAGAUUGCAUCUCACAAUUUAAAUGAAUGCAUUUUUAGAACUUAUUUUUCUAAUAAACCUAUUUUAGCUUGCUCAAUCUAUACUUUGGAAAGGGAUGCACAAUAAAUUAGGAUACUAAAUAUUUAUUUUCAGUUACUGGGCAUGGUUCACUAUGCUUUUGGCAUCUAAGAUUUUGAGUAGUAUCUUUGUAUUUUCAACCACAUGGUUGAAGUCCCAAAGCCUAGAAGCUUGUUUUUUAAUUAUGAAGUGAAAGAUUCUACAAGAAAUAAAACUCUGCACUGAAUACCAUAUUGAGUAUAAAAUGCCUUCGAGUCUAUCCUGACUCCAAGGAUUAAGUGAGCAAGGACACUUAGGUUUUUUUGGCAACAUUUUUUGGAUAUCAGAUAUUUUUUGGGAUAGCUCCCAUGAAAUUCACAACUUUCCAUGAACCUAUAUUGUGGUUAAAAAUUAAAAAGUAGGUUUUAGUUUGAUACAAAAUUGCCUGGAAAUUUGCCAGGAUUGAAUUACUACAAUAGAAAACCACAAGCAGAAUCUUUUUUUUUAAUUGAAAACAAGAGUAUAGAAUGAUGCUCAACUGAAGUUAUGCUUCCAAACUCUCAGCUUCUCUGCUUCCAUUUACAUAACACCCAAUAUUGAAAGGGAAUUCGUGCUUAUUUCAUGAAAUAGUCAUGCGAGUGUGAUUUAAUUGAUGGACAGGUUCUUGCAAGCAAAUAUAGCAAAUGAAAUACCGCACCUGGAUGAAUUGGGCCUGAAGGGAAAAAGAAACAAGAACAGCAAAAUAAAUGUACACAGAAAUUGAUGGAAAGAAGAUCUUUAUUAGUUUGCACCUAAACUGUUUUUUCACAAUAGGGUUAGACUUUUAAUCAGAAAUUUACUGGAUUAAAGUUAAUGACUUCUUGAAGUAUUGAAUCCCAUUCUGUGACUCCUAUCACUACACCACAGGAAUAUAUAUGAUUUGUUUGUUCACGCAUACUAUGAUACGCAAAGAGAUUUUUACAUGAUUAAACUAUAGUCUGUUACAUGUUAGUAACAUUCUAUUAAAGAUAGAGUCUUCCUCAAAUAGAGCUCGACUCCUGGUGAAUUGGGAACACAUUUUCAGUUUUUCUGCUAUGAAUAUAAGAAAUAGCUUGCCACUGCUUUCUUAAAUCUGUGUAUAUGCAGAUUUCAUUUAUAAUUGAGCUGGAUUCUGCUUAGUUUUCAAGGCCAAAUAAGCCUGGCCAAGUGCUAUUCUUUACUGAGAUAUUUUUGCAAGACAGUUUCUGUUGCAUAAUUAAAUCAAGCAAUGAAAGUAUUUGCUUACAAGUAACAGCAGGUUACUCUGAUAUUCACUUUGGUAGCAGGAGCUGAUGGAAAUGAGCUUCCAAUAUAACUAAAGGCUUUUAGACAUCUGAAUUAAAAUAGAAAUUUGUACAAGAGGCUGAGUUAUACCAGAAAGUUGCAAAUUCUUCCUGAGUACAGAAAUGAGUUCAGCUGGCUGCUGUGCCUGUGAAAUAAAAGGCUUGGCUGCUUUGAUGUCAUGGUAAAGGCAGGCAUGAUGGGAGUAUUUCCUUACGUAAAGAUUCAUCCAGCGAUUCCAGGCACGUUCGACGAGAGUCCAUUUUACGUUUAAGGGAAAAUUCGGCACCUGCUGCUUAUGCACCAUCGGCUCUAACCAAAUAUGGAGGAGGCUUAGGUUUAACAUCUCUGAGCGUUGAACUUCCAUCUACCGGCUAGCGGACUUCAUGGUGUCGCCUUUCUUUUUCUUGGGCAACGGGAGAGGCGCCUAUCUGACCUCAGUAGCGCCAGAGAAGCAGGGUCCUCAACACACGUGCCUAGGUAGACACGCGCAUCAGUAGCCCGGAGACAGGGUUGUGCGCCGGCCUGCAGAAUCAUACACGCACUUCCCACCCUUCCGCUUUGACGUACGAGGCGGCGGUAGGGUUCUCGGACGUGAAGAUGGCAGCGCUGGCGGAGCCUCUAGGGCUGGAGAGAGGUAAGGAUGGAGAUGGCUUUGCCUCGGAACGGAGAUUCGCGUCGAAUGUGCCUGGUGGAUCGGAGAGAAGUGAUGUGGCUCGAGCAGUCGAAUUGCUGGAGCGGCUGCAACGCAGUGGGGAGGUGCCCCCCCAGAAAUUGCAAGCCCUUCAGAGGGUGCUACAGAGCAAAUUCUGCUGUGCCAUACGGGAGGUUUAUGAGCAGCUGUAUGACACUUUGGAUAUCUCGGGAAGUGCUGAAAUUCGGGCACAUGCUACUGCUAAGGCAACAGUGGCGGCCUUUGCAGCUAGUGAGGGCCACGCGCAUCCCCGGGUGGUGGAGCUGCCAAAGACAGAUGAGGGCCUAGGUUUUAACAUCAUGGGGGGCAAGGAGCAGAACUCCCCCAUCUAUAUUUCUCGCAUCAUCCCCGGGGGUGUUGCUGAUCGCCAUGGCGGGCUGAAGCGUGGAGAUCAACUGCUGUCUGUCAAUGGUGUGAGUGUGGAGGGUGAGCAACAUGAGCGGGCAGUGGAACUUCUAAAAGCAGCACAAGGUACAGUGAAACUGGUUGUGCGCUACACACCCAAAGUACUGGAAGAGAUGGAGGCACGCUUUGAAAAGAUGAGGACAGCGCGGCGCCGGCAGCAACACAACAGUUACUCAUCCUUGGAGUCCCGGGGAUAAAUUUGCACAAGAGUUAAUUGGGCAGCUGAUGAACCUGAUCCAUCCUCCCUAUCCUUUGGAAUGGUUUUACCUGUAUAGCGGAGACAUAUUUAUCUAGUCCCCUUCCCCGUGUUGGGAGGUGGACGUCAGUGUACAGUAUUUAUUCUUUACAUUCCUCUUAUUUAAAAAGAUGUUCAGUGUAAACAAUUCUAUAUGUUUGUGCAAGACCUUAACCUUUGUGAAGCUGAAAACAAUAACUACAAAACUACCAAGAGAAUCAUCAAUAUCUCUGAUAUAGAAAACAAUGAAAGAAAAAUAUACUCUUCCAUGAGAAAAAAAUCUUAGAGGAGCUUUCACCACUGUAGGCAAAGAAACCCCGUUUAUCCAUUUCCCUCCCCUUAAUUCCCAGACACCAUUGCUGCACUUUGGGUAUAGGAAAGGUUUUUAUGUUAAAUAAACAGCUCUAGUGAGAUGCAAUUCUAGAUGAAGCGUAUUAGAUGUAUUCUGGAUUCAUAACGUUGUAGAUGUCCAAAUUGUUCUUUCAGUCUCACCUCCGUGACGGUUAUUGUGAGAAGAAAAUAGCAAACAUGUUAUAUGUUUGAUACACUGAAUUUCUUGGGAAAAGCUGAUAGUAACAAUAGCAACAACCUGAGAGGGAGAAGAUAAUCUGAAGACAUUAAGGUGAUAUCAUAGUUUUCUUUAGCAAGCCCACAUUAGAACAGGAUGCAGCCAUUUACAGGAAAAAAAUACGGGGAACAUCAGUUUCAUCCCCUUGAUUGACCCUCAGUCUCCUGGUCUGUAAAAUAAGAAUACAACUGCUCAGGAUCUAAAAGAGAUGCAGUAAAAUUCCAUGAAAGACGGAAUUACAGAGUAUUUCUGAGAUGCAAAAUACUAUAGAUAUCUGCAUACAUGAAGUGUAUUUGAUUAUGAUAUGAAAAAGCAGAGAAGUUCCCACUCUUCCAGUGGCAUCAGAAUGGAAUCUGUAGUAUGUUUCUCUCAUCAGCUGUUUCCAGCAGCCUUUCUCAUCCUUGGCAGGCUGAAGAUGUGUGGAUGUCAACUCCCAGAAUUUCCCAGCCAAAAUGUUAUUCUAAUCUGAUAUUUAUUUGGAAGCAAAUUUCUUGGGGACCACAAGCAAGAUGUAAGUGGUAACCUCUUAUUUUUUUUUAUCCUUUUGUGUGCCCCCACUUUUCACUUCCUUUAGACCCCAAUUUAUUCUCUCCCUUUGACCUCCCUUCUUUCCACCUCCCCAGUUGGUGACCAAAGGAAAGGAACAUUCUUCUCAUCAGCAUCAUGAACAAGGCGUUUUCAGGGAGCUUUUGUAUCAGGUUGAGGUCCAGAGGUUUUCUGUCCUCUUCCUUUUUCAUGGCAAAGCAGCAAAGCAUGGAGCAAGGGGGAAAAAUACUGUAGGAGGAAAUGCGGUGAUUUUUAUCUGUCUACCAGCAGGGGAUGAUCUUACUACAUUGUUGGAACUAAAAACCGCCCUUCUACUUAUAUUCAGCAAGCUAGACACAUAAUCCAGUUUUUGUAUUAAUCCACUGUCUCUGCUUGCACUAUCGAACACCAAGACAAUAAAUUAAGCCAUGAAAAACGAACUCAAAGGAACACUAAUCAAGCUGCAUGUAUGAAUGCAGCUUUUCUUUAACCCACCUGGGUCAAGCAGGUGUAUCAACCAAAGAAUUUUAGGCUGAGAUGGCAUUGCUGGGAGCUGGCAUGAAAUUGAUCAAGAUUCAAAGCCUUUAAAUGGUGAUGGAAUGCAAUAGGAAGGAGUUGGGGCAUGUAGUGGCAUCACCAAGAGCUUUGAUUCACUCCAGUUUUUUCAUGGAGGAGCAUGUGACAGGUGUGGUCUCCCAACUCCAUUUAUCUGAUCCUUGGGCCCAGAAUUGGUAGUCCUCGACUUAAAACCUUUUGUUUACCAAUAGUUCGAAGUUACAGCGGCACAGAAAAAGUAACUUAUGAUUGGCCCUCAUGUUUAUGACUGUUGAACAUCUCUACCUUCAGGUGAUCAAAAUUUGGGUGCUUGGCAACCCGCCUGUAUUUACAGUGGUUGCAGUGUCCCAGGGUCAUGUGAUCACCAUUUGCAACCUUCCCAGUCAGCUUCCAAUAAGCAAAGACGGGGAGGGGGAGCAGAUUUGCUUAACAGUCACAUGUUUCACUUAACACCUGCAAUGAUUUACUUAACAACCAUGAGAAAAAAGGUUAUAAAAUUGGGUGCGACUGAUUUAACAACCUAACUUUUGCUUAGCAACAGAAAGUCUGGCCCCAAUUACAGUUGUACGUUGAGAUAUACCUGUACUGCUGCCACAAUACCUACUUAUUUUGCUGCCAAACUUUGGUUGUGUAAUCACAGACUUUUAGCAGUGCAUGUUUUUUUCUCUUUUAUCUAAGAUAAGUCCAUUCCUUAUCAACAUGGCACAAAAGUAAAAGAGUCCUCGCCUGGUACAUGGCUUGGCAUCUUUUUAACUCAAAAUGCAAUAUAGAACAGAGGUUCCCAAACUUUCUCGGUUUAUAGCAUCCUUUGUGGCUUUGUAAUUUUUUCAUAAUGCUCUGAGGCCAAAACUGUGAAGUAUCUUAAGCUAAUAGUUUGCAUGCUGUCUAACAGAUGUCAAAUAUCACUGUGUUUCCUGAAAAAUUAAAAUAUUUCAUGAUGCCCUUGUGACUUUCUUGCCACAUUCUAGGAUAGAGAUAAAGUUCAAACCCAACCUUAUACUUAAUUCUAAAGGGAUUCUGCUUCUAAAAAAUUAAUAAAACUUUUGGGGAAGUUGAAAUUAUAUUCCAAUACAUCUGUUUGCAUUCUUCUAAAGCCCCAUGAGGGGAAAAAUAUGUUUUUUAGAUCUAAUAUUGGAAUGUUGGAACAAUGUAUGAAGGAAGGACUGACAUCACAAAAAUGAAUUCAUGCAAGCGGGGGUGUUUCUGAUAGAAAUCUUUUGGAUCCAUAUUCUGCAUGCAGUGGUUUCCUCAAGCUAAUAUCAGUUGUGUUGUUCCUCCCUGCCCUGUUGAAGAUAUGGUUCUAUAUAGCAGCGGCUCCCAACCUUUUUUAUACCCAGCAGCCCUAGAACGCUUCUGAUAUAUUCUCGCACUCUUUACAAAAGUUCGAAAUAACGGCAACAAAUUAUGCAUGUACACUAUAAUUUUGAAAACCCAAGUUUUCACACUCCCUAGAAUAUUGUCUCGCACCCUCUGGUUGGGAACCCCUGACAUAUAGCAUUAUGAUCAGAAAAAGUGGCCAUAGUUUUCAGUGUAUUGGCUUAAGCAAUCACCAGAAAGCUAUGAUAUUUAAAAAUUUGAACUUAUAAAAAUGCUUGUUAUCAUGUUCUAUGUUUGAUAGGCAAUUAAGUCCCAGGAAAUGUAGAGGACUCCUGGACAUUAGUACUGUGUACCACAUUAUUUAACCCUUUCCUGUUUUAGGAGCUAUCCUAAUGAAACUUUUACUACUGAAAGAGUCUGCUUCCCCACUCUCCAAUCAAAUAAUAGUUUUGGCUUUUUUGUUUCUUUUGGUAGAGAAUGGGGAGGCACCAACAGCUCUGUUCUUGCUAAUUAUCUGUCUACCAGUUGAUGCUAUUUGUGCUUUUUAAAUCCUUGUUUGAUCCAAAGAUGCAUUUAAUUAGUUUAGCCCUGACAAGAUUUCAUGAGCACUUGAUUAUUUAAAACCUCACCCAGAAUUAGGCUAUGGCUGAUGUUUAAUUAUUAUAGCCUGCCCUAUGUUGGUAUAAUAAGCAUCAGUAAGAAGGAUUCAGAAUGCAAAGAGGCACUUUAGAGAUACUUCUUUAAAGAUCUCCAUCUGCCUAUGGGAUUGAUUUGUUUGUAUUUAUUAUAUUAUUUUAUGGCUUUAAAUCCUUUGUUCUGUCCUUCUUGGGAGUAGCUCUUCUUCACACUGUUGUUGACACUGGUACUUGUCAACAACCUCCUUAUUGUCACUGUCCCUAACAUACAUAUAUUUAAAAAAGGACAAGGAAGUUACCUGGCUGGGACGGACACACUACUACCUGACCCUAAGGAUCACCUGAUGCCAAACUAGGCAGUCUUGGUCCUUCUUGAAGAAGUGUCAGAGAUCUCUGUGAAAUUGCAACAAAUUAAAUACAUGUGUGUAAAUACAUUAGUAAAUGAGUGAAGCAUGGUAUUUAAGAAAUGUGUAGCAAUAUUUCUUGCAUCCUUUCCCCCCAUGUUAAAAAUAUUGUGGAGGCAAGUGUUGUAAUGUCAACUAGAGAAUUAUGAUACAAAUGUAUGUACCAAUGCUUGAGAAGCAACUUAGGCCCAGGGCCUUGUCUGGUUAAAGCAAAGUAAGAUUACUGUCAUUUUCAUAGAAAUACAUCCUUAUGUUACAUUACAGGCUGAUCAAUUCUUUUACAGUAGGAAGGCAAGUGAAAAGAAAAAAUAAAAAUAAAGUUUAAGAAAAUGAAAUUCAGUUUCUAGGGGAGAAUGACAUAGGUGACAUAUCAUGAUGUUCCUGGAAUUAAGGCCAGAAAUGGAUGACUUAUUUUACUACAAUAGUUGUAUUACUUCGAGAGUUUUGUAAUGGGCUGUAUGUAGAGAUGUGAUAGCAGUAGCUUGGAUUCUUGUUGGUUCCCACUCACUUUACUCCAAAGAAAUUCCUAUCUCACUCAUUUGCCAGGAAGAAAGUAAGUGGCAACUCCUUUCUGCAAGUGGCAUGAUGUGUCAGGGAGAUGUGUGUUCUCACUGUGAGCACCAAAGAUUCAUUAAAAAUUUAAAAUCAUUAUUAUAUAUAGCAAACUCAGAGAUCUAGGAGAAAGUGGAAAGAAAGGAGAAGAACUGAACAUUCUUGAGGCUAAUUUCAGACGCUUCAGUUCAAGAACAAUAGCUGCUCUUUCAUCCAGGUUAUCACAUAAAUACACAUCUAUGGAACAUGCCUACCCAAUCUAGAUCUCACUUCAUAAAACAGUAUAUUGCAACAAGUUUCCCUGGCCUCAUUUUGCUGUUAAAAUCCACUUGGUUUUAGCCCAUUGGCUGUUUGCUGAGACUCUGCCCUUUUAACUUUAGAGGAGAAAACACAAAAGACUAGAACACCAAGGCCAAAUGGGAAAUCCACCCUCUUGUUUGACUCCUUGAUGUUUGAAUUUCAUAGGCUUUUGUGUUCUCUGCCCAUUAUCAAUCAUCUGAGAUUGACAGGUCAGCUACCUUUUCUUUACCCCUUUUAAUAUCUAGACCUCUUUAAAGGGAAUGUCUGUAUUCACUAUAAGUUUGAAAGACCUAUUGUACUCUUGUUCUCAACAAAAUUGAAACUAGGGCCAUAAAAAUUAAGCUUGUUGCCACUUUAGCAAUAUAAUCAAACAGCACACUGAGCCAUGAACUAGGCAGUGAGAUUUUAGCCUGGUGUGUUAUGCCAACCUAACCCUUGUGAUUAGUUCAUGUUCAGGAUGUUGUAUGAAUGCAAGCCCUUGAGCUAACUGAUAAAAAUGUAAUGAAAUUAGCAUUGAAUAAAUGCAUUCUAUAUUCAUAGAAUUGUUUCCAAAUCUGGAUAGGUCAGACUUUACAUAGCUGGAGACACUUUUUUCAAUGCCUUUUUUCCCCACCAAGAACUACAAACAUGAUCAAGUGGAAAAUGUCAGAUUUUUGCCAAUGUUAAAGUAAGUUUUUAAUGUUUAGCUUACAUGCUUUGGUUGUAAGUUUCAGUAUCCUUUUUUUCAUCCAUCUAGAGCAGGGGUGUGAAACUGCCGGCCUGCAGGUUGGUUGCAUCAUAUGGAGGCUGCACCCAACCCAGCUCCGGCAAUGCAAAAAAAGUCGCAAUACAUCCACGACACAUGACCGGGCGAGUUUGACACCUGUGAUCUAGAGCUCUGGCAAGAUCAGGGCUGCAGCAGUGUAGUUAUGUUUUUAUAUAUCUUUUUUCUAGGGAUCAGUAAUUGUUUUCCAAUAUAGCCUGUGUUGCCCCAAAAACAUUUUAAAGCCAUUGAAUGAGCUUUCUGUUAGAUACUGAUAUAUUUACAUCAAUAUAAAUGUCUGCCUCACACUGACGUGUAAUUGUGUACGUGCAUACAUGCCUAUGUAGUGUAACAUAAUGGUUAAGAUAUUAAACUGAGACUCCCAGUUUGA